UCAUGUGAGACUCCAGCGCGAACCAGUCCGACGUUACCUCUGCAGAGGAAAACGCAAUGGAUCCCUGAUCGCUUUCCUUUCUAUCUCCCUCUACCCCUGGAAAACAAAACUCGUAUCCAAAAUAUUGCUUUAUCUCCUAUUUAUCUGAGGCGUUACAGGGCGGUGCAACAAUGUGGAUCCAGGUUCGCACGAUAGACGGGAAGGAGACGCGAACCGUUGAGGAUCUUUCUAGAUUGACCAAAAUUGAGUCUUUACGUUUGAAAAUACAGGAGAUUUUCAGUGUAAACCCACAGCAGCAGCGCCUGUUCUACCGAGGAAAGCAGAUGGAAGAUGGCCAUACCCUGUAUGACUAUAACGUGGGACUGAAUGACAUCGUGCAGCUGCUGAUCCGCUCGCAGACCGACCCUCCGGACAGCCCCGCCACCAAGGACUCCUCCGGAAUGGCCUGUAGUUCAGCCCCCCCCACUGACUGCAGGUCGGAAAGCCACAACUCCCCUGCUCCCGGCUCCCCCGCUGCUAUGGAAACCUCCCCCGCUAUAGACAAUGACCGCAGCAGCGUCACUACCGGCACUGUUAACGAAACCAAGCCGGACACCAGCGCUACCAGUCACUCAGCCUGUACCAAAAGUGUGUUCAAGACCCCCAGUCCAGCAUGGUACAAUCAGCCCCCCACAUCCAGCAGAAACACACUAGUGGACCCGGGAAUCGGUGUGUACAAGUUUCACGAGCUGGUGGACUGUAGAGACGUCAGCAUCGGUGCCUGGUUUGAGGCCUGCGUCGAAAACGUGACAUGGACUCCUAAAGGACAGAUACCGCCCACCAAGGGCAAGGUGGGCCGGCCCCCAAAAAGGACUAAUGGAAAGCUGGAGGCCGAGCAGGCCCACGGCCAGGGCCAAACCACAGACAGUAACAGGAAUAAUGUUGAGCUAAACUCUGAGAGUAACGGAGCCUCCACCUCGCAGACAGACUCUACAGCAGCUUCAGAGACCAAGGAGAAAGAAGAGGAUGUAUUGUACCACAUUAAAUAUGACGACUACCCAGAGAACGGGGUGGUGGAGAUACGGCCGGUGGAUGUGCGACCCCGUGCCAGGACUCUGCUGCGGUGGGACCAGCUGCAGGUGGGCAUGCGGGUGAUGGUCAACUACAACAUGGAGACGCCAGAGGAGAGGGGCUUCUGGUUUGAUGCCGAGGUUCAGGCCCUUAACCAACCCUCCCGCACCAACAAAGAGCUCCGAGUCAAGAUCCUCCUGGGGGGUUCUGGAGAUAUAAUCGUGGAUUGUAAAGUUCAUUUUCUGGAUGAAAUCUACCAGUUGGAGAGACCAGGAGCUCCUGCACUCUCAGCUUCAGACGGACAAUUUAAACGGAAGAGUGGGCCAGAGUGUAAGCACUGCAAGGCUGACCCUGAGGCAGAGUGUCGCUUCUGCUCCUGCUGUGUGUGCGGCGGGAAGCAGGAUGCUCACAUGCAGCUGCUGUGUGACGAGUGCAACAUGGCGUUCCACAUCUACUGCCUCAACCCGCCGCUGGGCACCAUCCCAGAUGACGAGGACUGGUACUGUCCCACCUGUAAGAACGACACCAGUGAGGUUGUUAAGGCAGGCGAGAAGCUCAAAGCCAGCAAGAAAAAAGCCAAAAUGCCUUCGGCGACAACUGAGAGUCAAAGGGACUGGGGAAAGGGUAUGGCCUGUGUGGGGCGUACUAAGGAGUGCACAAUUGUUCCUUCAAACCAUUAUGGACCCAUACCUGGUGUUCCUGUUGGAACCACCUGGAAAUUCAGAGUUCAGGUGAGUGAGGCAGGUGUUCACAGGCCGCAUGUUGGUGGUAUCCAUGGGCGCAGUAACGAUGGUUCCUAUUCGCUUGUGUUGGCUGGGGGCUUUGAGGAUGAAGUGGAUCGGGGGGAUGAGUUCACCUACACCGGCAGCGGGGGUCGUGACCUCUCAGGCAACAAACGGAUUGGAGAGCACUCUUUUGACCAGACCCUGACCCACAUGAACAGGGCGUUGGCUGCAAACUGUGAUGCACCGCUGAACGACAAAGACGGGGCAGAGUCCAGGAACUGGCGGGCCGGAAAGCCGGUGAGAGUGGUGCGCAGUUCUAAAGGUCGACGCAUCAGCAAAUACGCUCCUGAGGAGGGAAACCGCUACGAUGGUAUUUACAAGGUGGUAAAAUACUGGCCAGAGAUUGGAAAGUGUGGUUACCUGGUAUGGCGGUACCUGCUGAGACGGGACGAUCUGGAACCAGCACCGUGGACACCUGAAGGACUGGAGAGGAUCACAAAACUGGACCUUGCUGUUCAGUACCCGCCCGGCUACUUGUCUGCCAUGGCUAACAAAACAAAGAAAGAGGCCUGUGCCAGACCCGGUCGCGGCGGCCGGGGCGGCCGGGGCAAGCACUAUCCCGGGAGGGGGAGACCACGGAGACGUAAGAUCAAGGAGAAAGAAGAGAAUGUCGACGACGAUGAGGAGUACGGAAAGCCAAUUGCCAGCACGGAUGAAGAGGAGCCACAGAGUAAUGGAGAGAAGAAGACAACCAGAGAAAUUGAAUCAUCACCAGCGGCAGAGCCUCUCUCUAAGAGGGUGAAGAUGGAGGAAAUGUUCCAGCUGUCUGAGCAGCAGAAGCAGUUAAUCCGGGAGGACACAGCCAACAAGAAGAACUGGGAUGAAGCCAUGGAACACCUUACAGAGGGACCGAAUUUCCUGAAGAAGAUGGAGCAGAUCUUCAUGUGUGUGUGCUGCCAGGAGCUGGCUUUCCAACCCAUCACCACUGUCUGCACACACAGUGUUUGCAAGACUUGUCUACAGCGGUCGUUCAGAGCGGAGGUGUACACCUGCCCCUCCUGCCGUCAAGACUUGGGCACAGACUACGUGAUGACCCAAAACUCGACGCUUCAGGUGCUGCUCGACCAGUUCUUUCCCGGCUACAGCAAGGGCCGAUGAGGACAACAUCAACUUUAUAAGUAGAAUACGUACAUACGCGCACAUAAGCAUCCAUUCUGUGCACCUGUGUACAAAUACCUAGAGCUCCACUUUAAAUGCAUUACGCACACAUACUGUACUUUCCCACAGGCAAAUGUAUAUUGCAUAUACAGCCAUUUAAUGUACCCAAUCAUUCAUACACAAACAACCUCACUAGGGCCUGACCUCAUCUGUUAAACCUGGACUGUCUCCAUUAACAUCACCAGCCUGAAAUUCAAAAGGACAUUUUAUAAGCUCCCUACUCUAGCACCAUACACGCACAAAAGGAGCCUAAAUUCAAACCCACUAGCAACCUCAAGAUAUAGUUCCCUUGUUUCCCCCUCCACUGUGUUCACUCAUGUUGACAUACAGGACAAUGUUUGAGUGAAAAUUUCUCACCGGUAAUAUUAUGUGAUCGUUCCUUCUUCUCCUGCCAACCUGUAUGCAAUUGUGUACCAUGUUAGCAAAACACUGAGCUGCUUCAAAUAUUUGGAGUAUUUUAGGCAGCUGGCAAAUAAAGUUGCUAGUUAGAUGCAGAGAUAAAGGCACAGCAGGAAAUAACACCCACUGCCCUACAUUCAGAAUCAGCAAGAAGGUUACAUGACCAGUUGGCAAGGUGAAAUUAACUAGUAUUUCUAUAUAAAAUAGAAGCACGCAAUGUUUAAUGCCUUUUCAAGCAUUUCAUCCAUGACAUGACUUAUUUUGUAGGUUAACCGGGAGCAUGUGUUAGCAAUCCGUUAACUGCUCCUAUCACUUGGAAGAAUGCCAUUAUAAAAUGUCUUGCCAGAGCAUUUUCAGACAACAGAAAUGUGGCAGCAGUGUCCGGUUUGUUUGGAGCGUCCGGAGAUUUCUGGGUUAAAAAAAGAGCAACCUCGUAACACUGAUCAACAGGCACAACUCUUUCAGAUUUAAUAAGGAGAAAUAAAAGGCAUUAAGUUCAUAAACAUACCAAAGACAUCAGGUGCUAGAGCAGUUCAGAGGCAAAUAUCUGCAGAACCGGACAAAAAGUCAUUUCUAAUGAGGAAUCACACCUGAAAAGAAAACUUAUCUCAAACAUGACCUUACCAAUUCAUCCUCUAGAAAGGCACUGUGUUCCAUUUCCAAGCAGCUUAAAAUAAAUGUGCAACCCAGACAAACAUGUUACUACAUCUCUCUCAUAAGAGCUGUUGAAACCUCUACACUAUUGAAAUGAUGCAUUAAACAUUUAUAUUAAGACAUUUAUAUAAUGUACUCUCAUUCAUAGCUGCACUUUUUCAGACUGAACUGUCCUUCUACAUUACGUGAUAUAGUGGAAAUCAAAGACUAGCAGGCUUUGCACCUGAAGAGCUUAAAAGUGUGAGUUGCAUUGCAGUUGUUAUUUUGAACGACGCCUCGAAGGGCACACUGGUUGUCCCCGCUGUUACCAAGCAACCAUAAUCAACCAGGACUUCACACAAAGACGGUUAGCAUAUUUUGUGCUCAGCAGAUAUUCAUCUGCUAUUGUUCUGUUAGAUUGAGUAUAAUCUCUGGAGCGCUCUGGAUAUCCAACUCAAUCUGCUUCUGCUUAAUUUUUUUCAAACGUAGUCUUAUUAGGGAUUGCACAGCCAGGAUGAUAUGAGUUAAUUGUUGUCUCAUUACAUGCAGAAAAUGGAUUUCUAUUCCCUGACAAAGAGGGAUCAAUAGAUUCACAUCAUCAGAGUCUCAGAGGCCAACAUGUGCAGUCAUCCCAGUAUACAGAAUGUAAGAUAGACAGAAAUACACUGUGCGACCAGUCUGAUAUUGUCAAUAUGAUAUAUUGUUAUGUAGUCCAGACACAAGGAAAAGAGUGCCUUUUACACUAAAACUGUUAAGUACUGAAAUCUGCAUUCAAUGCCUGGUCAGUUUGCUAAUGUUGCUUACUUAUUCCAUGCUGAUUUAAAAUUCUACAUUUAGACCAUUUUAUUUUGGCCAAGUUGUAAUAUGUGUUAUUGUGUUAAGGUAACAUUUAACAGUUUAAAUGUCAUUCUUGUAAAAGUAUCAAUGGGUUUAUGUUCUGUGCUGGGGCUAAGGAUCAGUUAAUCAUGUUCAAUAGUGAGAGCUUUUCAACAGCAUUACACAGUGUUUUUUUUAUAGAAACAAUAUUGAAUGUUACAGUAAGUAGUGUGUUUCAAUCCACAUUCAACAUACAAUUGAAUAAUAAUACAAUAAUUAGAGUCAGAGAUUUGAAUCAAAAAUGGGAAAAGAGUGGAACAACAGAAAUGUUUGAGAGUUAGUGAUCAGAUGUGAUUUUUGUACGUAGAUACUAAGUACUUAAAUACAGAGACCCACUUUUUGCAACAGACAGUUGGUUCCAGAUAGAUCAAAGUAAUAUCUUUUCAGGGCAUGGUUUAUUUAUUAUUUGAUUUAUGAGUUUUCUGGUUACAUUAGAUGGACAGAGGUGAAUUUGUUGUACAGGAAACAGUGUGCACUCAAAGUGUAACUCAAAAACAGAACAAAUCUUCAUGUCUAAUUUACCAUGAUCCAAGACUGAACACGUAUAUCAGCAUUGACAUAUUUUAUUUACCUUCUGCUCCAUAUUACCACAUGAUAAUAUGUAACAACUGGAUAGAUGGAAGUGUAUUCUUAUGGAGCCAUGAACACAUGCUCCAUUGUUGAAUCUUCACAUUUCCAUCUGACACACCAAUACUUAUAUUUUGCAUACAUCAUAUACAUAUUCCUAUCUUGAGCAGCUGACAGAUUAGCAUCCUUUCUGUUGCUGAUAUGGUACUUUAAAUGUCUCAGGUUGGCAGGUUUGAUAGGAACUAGAACUAAAAACACCCCUGGAGUGCUGAAUUUCAGAUAAUGCACCCAAAAUGGUUUGAAUACUUAGUCGUUGGUUUUGUGGGGAAACGUAGCCCUCGUUCAUUGAUAUCAUCACGCUCACCGGUAACAGCCUUCGAGGCAGAGCCAUGUUUAGUGUAGAGCUGAGAGAAAUAUCAUGCUGCUGUACACAUCCGUUUCUUACUGCUCUGUCGACGUUCAGAUCCCUUUUCAUUGGCUGGCUGUUUGUGGUGAUGUCCUUGUUUCUGUUCAAUCAUUCAGGAUUUUUUUUCUAUUAACAACAUGCAAGUACAAAUGCUACUAUGGUCUUUAAAGCUAACUGUGAUGUGCAUUACUUCAACUGUGGCUCAAUCUUGUUCAAAGAUUAUUUUCUCCCUGCAUUAACUGGCGAGCUCUUAGCCCCGGUUUCUUUCUCUCCUGUGACCUUCUCUUCUCCUCUCUCUCCGUUGUCCUCUGCCCUCCGUGAACCUACAGUACUAACACUUUUUAGACGUCUUGUGGACGCUUGGCUUCAGUGCUGUGUUGUUUUUAUUUUGAUUGCACUCUAUUGAAAAAAAAGUUUAAAAAGUUGCAUUUAAUUUUCUUAGAAUGCUUACUAUUAUAUAUGUCUGUACACCAUUUUUCUACUGUUUUAGUUGCUUCUCUUCUACUUUAAUCAUUAGUCAUUUUUAUGUGGCGACCUCAAACAUAUGCCAGUCUGAGGAGAUUCAUUGCUUCAUAUUGUGAUCUGAAAUUUUAUACAUGUCAUAGUAAUACUUGAUAUGUACCUAUUAAAUAUUUGGAUUCCAGAAAAACGAA